AUGUCUCACAAUCGUACUAAAUACGAAAAGGCUCGAAGACGACUAGCUGCAGUUACCUUUUUAUCGAAUAUAUCCCUUGAUGGUUCUUUUAAAGAUACUGAGUUAUAUCAAAUACUGGAUAGGACUUCUAAAUUAGAUAAGUGUGACGGCGGGAACAAGUUAACAAAUAUACCAACUCAUAACGAGAAAGACGCAAUCCGCAGUAAAAACCGCAAUGUCAAAUUAACGCAGUCAAGUCCCGCACACAAGAACAAUAGUGAUAAUUAUUCAGUCAGUUCCGAUUCAGAAUUUAUCCACGUUACUCCCAUAAAGGGUGCAAAUACAAUUGCUAUAAGGGAAAGAUGUUCUUCUGGGAAUGCUGACUUAUAUAAAGACAGACAUCCAUCACUGAGAGGGCGGAAAUCUUGUACUCAAGAUGAAAAGAGCAGCAUAGAAAGUCUAAACUAUGGUCGCCUAAGAACUAGUAGUACUUGUAUUCCAGAAAAUGACUGCUACACAAAAGAGGUAAAGUUAAUUAAAGGAACAAAAGGUGUCUCUUUUAAGGAUGAGCGACUUGCAUUUGCCCCAUCACAAGGUGUACCAUGUGCCCUGUUUAGUACAAUACCAUAUUCUAAAAAUGCCAGAUGUGCAAGGUCUGACUUGAGAAAAGAUGGUGUCAGAAGAAGGAAUACAUCCGGUCCAAGACCACUAUCUGCAAUUACUGAUAAUGGUAUAGAUCCCUUUGAUCUGUUAGGCUUAGAAAGAGAGGAACAUGGACAAGAUAUAUCAUACUCAAAGCUGUUAGUACCCUCUCGAGUUUGUACCAGGGAGCAGUACAGGAAAAUGUAUGAAGCUGAACUUACUGAUAAAGCCACAUGGAAAGUAAUCAAUCGACAUCCUCACGUAAUAGCAAGGUGUUUCUCGUACGAGUCAGCCCAGAGAACCACUAUAGCGUCAUCUCCGCCACACUCAUCCAUUGAAAACAAAACAUUUGAUUGGGACGAAGAUGCAAUAUUAGCACAAAAAUAUGUUAGCAAAAAGGUCCACUAUUGUCCAAAUGUACUUGACGAUCCCGAGCUGAUAGCUGGUAAGCACAGGACCCUUCUUACCUUUACAUCCUACAUGACGUCUAUCAUCGACUACGUUCGUCCGCAAGACUUGAAAAAAGAGCUUAAUGAUAAGUUCAGAGAAAAAUUUCCACACAUUAAGUUAACCCUUAGCAAGUUAAGAAGUAUAAAGAAGGAGAUGCGUAAAAUCGCUAAACACGACAGUGGCGGUAUAGACUUGUUGUCGGUAGCGCAAGCUUACGUUUAUUUUGAAAAAUUAAUCCUUGCUAAUCUUAUUAAUAAAGAUAACAGAAAGCUCUGCGCCGGCGCAUGUCUUCUACUGUCCGCCAAAUUGAACGAUGUGAAAGGCGAAAUGCUUAAAGCACUCAUAGAGCGUAUCGAGACAACGUUCAGAUUAAACCGAAAGGACCUGAUAAAGUUCGAGUUCGCGGUGUUGGUGGCUUUAGAAUUUGGAUUGCACGUACCACCCCAUGAAGUGUUCCCCCACUAUCAGCGAUUGCUGCAUGACUCGUGA